AGGAGAAAUACCGCUGCUGUCCUCCUGCGUCCAUACUUCUCCAUCUGUUAGGACUCCACUAUACUGGAAGUGGAUUCUGCAAAAGCGAUUAUUUCCUUUAACUGUCAGCUUCUGUGGCUGUUACCUGUUGAAGUAACUUAAAUUACAUUUAACCUUUUUUGGACAAUUCUGUUCCAUGUCUAGCUAGCACUGCGAAGCUAACCGUUGUUAGCAGAGAAACCGGGUCAAGUGAAGAACCGAGGAGGAGCGGAAUGGAAGGAAUUCACUCUGGUUCCCCUUCCAGGAGAAACCACGACUGAAAAAAGGAAACAUUUAAUCGUCUCCUCUAAUAUCCGGUUGUUGGUGUUACUGUAAUUCCCAUCAUGGUGCAGAAGUAUCAGUCACCUGUGCGGGUGUAUAAACAUCCCUUUGAGCUGGUGAUGGCGGCAUACGAACGCCGCUUCCCCACCUGUCACCUCAUCCCCAUGUUCGUGAAUAGUGACGUGGUGAACGAGGAGACGAGCGAAGACGGCUCCAUCCACAGGAUCGAGCGGCGUUGCGCUUUGGAUGUUGAUGCUCCACGUCUACUUAAAAGGAUUGCUGGUGUAGACUAUGUGUACUUCACCCAGAAAAACACGCUGAACAAAAAGGAGAGAACUCUGCACAUUGAAUCUCACAAUGAGACGUUUUCCAACAGGGUCGUCGUCCACGAGACCUGCUGCUAUUCAGUCCACCCAGAGAAUGAGGAAUGGACAUGUUUCGAACAAACGGCCAGUUUGGACAUAAAGUCCUUCUUCGGCUUUGAGAGCACCGUAGAAAAGAUCGCCAUGAAGCAGUACGCCAGCAGUAUCAACAAGGGAAAAGAAAUCAUUGAGUUCUACCUAAAGGAGCUUGAGAAUGAGGGCGUCACCCAUGUACCCCGCUGGUCGUGUUCCACCAUUAGUCCUGCUCUCCCUGAACCAAACAGUCUCUCCACCAGCCCGCCAGAAAUACAACACGCCAUCACGCCUACCGUUUCUGCCUCACAGGCCGCUGAAACCAAAGAUUGCGCCGCACAAGAUGCAAAGCAGGAUAAUGGUGCCCCUCAGGCGGACAGCCUAGCAGAGAUCCUGGCUGGUACACCUGAAGACAAACUGGAUGCAGACUACAUCAAACGUUACCUUGGUGACCUGACGCCUCUACAGGAGAGCUGUCUCAUCAGACUUCGCAAAUGGCUUCAAGAGACACACAAGGGAAAGAUUCCCAAAGAUGAACACAUCCUGCGCUUUCUGCGAGCCAGAGACUUUAACAUGGAUAAAGCACGGGAGAUACUGUGCCAGUCGCUAACAUGGAGGAAACAGCACCAGGUGGACUACCUGCUGGAGACUUGGAACCCUCCACAGGUUCUUCAGGAUUACUACACCGGCGGCUGGCACCAUCAUGACAGAGACGGUCGUCCUCUGUACAUCCUGAGGCUGGGUCACAUGGACACCAAAGGUCUGGUGCGCGCCCUUGGAGAGGAGUCUCUUCUCCGACACGUGCUGUCCAUCAAUGAGGAGGGGCUGAGGCGCUGUGAGGAGAACACUAAGGUGUUUGGUCGACCUAUCAGCUGUUGGACUUGCCUGGUCGAUCUAGAGGGGUUGAACAUGCGUCACUUGUGGCGACCCGGGGUCAAGGCACUGCUGAGGAUCAUCGAAGUUGUGGAAGCAAACUAUCCAGAGACUCUGGGACGGCUGCUUAUCUUAAGAGCGCCAAGAGUUUUCCCUGUCCUCUGGACCCUGGUGAGCCCGUUCAUUGAUGAAAACACCCGAAAGAAGUUCUUGAUCUAUGCAGGCAAUGACUACCAGGGUCCUGGAGGGCUUGUUGAUUACAUAGACAAGGAGAUCAUUCCGGACUUUUUAGGAGGAGAGUGUAUGUGUGAGGUACCAGAGGGCGGCCUGGUUCCUAAGUCCAUGUACCGCACAGCAGAGGAGCUUGAGAACGAGGAUGUCCGUCUCUGGACUGAGACCAUCUAUCAGAGUGCCAGCAUCUUUAAGGGCGCGCCACAUGAGCUUGUGAUCGAGAUCAUCGAUGCUGCCUCAGUCAUCACCUGGGACUUCGAUGUGUGCAAAGGUGACAUCGUUUUUAACAUCUACCACUCCAAGCGGGCCCCCCAGGCCCCACGCAAAGACCCCCUGGGCACCCAUGGAAUCACCUCCCCAGGAGUCAACAACGUCCAGCUUAUCGACAAGUCCUGGACUCUUGGGCAGGAUUACAGCAUGGUGGCAUCACCUUUGACCUGCAAGGAGGGUGAGAGUGUGCAGGGCUCCCAUAUAACCCGUUGGCCAGGUUUCUACAUCCUCCAGUGGAAGUUUCAUAACAUGCCAGCCUGCUCAGCCACCAAUUUACCCCGAGUGGACGAUGUCCUGGCCACCUUGCAGGUGUCCUCACAUAAGUGUAAAGUCAUGUACUACACUGAAGUGUUGGGCUCUGAGGACUUCAGAACGGCUUGCUGUGAUGUGCAGAGUUUGGGUUCGAUGACCAGUUUGGAAUCAAGCCACAGUGGUUUCUCUCAGCUCAGCGCUGCUACCACAUCCUCUAACCACUCCCAGUCCAGCUCCAUGAUCUCCAGGUAGAAACUGGCAGCAGCGGACUUCACACCCUGAACCCCUUCGAUCCACAGCCUUUAUUAUCAUCAUCGUGGAAACCUUCUCCUUCCCCUACGAUCCCUCUCGUCUUUGGACUCAAGUGCACAAAUAAAAGAUGAAGAGUUCUGAAACUGAGGCAAAAAAACCUGAACAUUUUAGAGGGCUGAAAUUUGCACAAAGGAUAGAUUUUGCUGGAGGUUCCCUUGCAAGGGUGGACAUAUAAGGUCAAAGGUGGAAGAGGAGAGAAGCAAUAUUUUCCUCCCAUGGUUCCGGGGAGAGACACUGGAGGAAGCUGUUACAUUUAUGUUCACUUUAUCUGCUACUCACAGCACUGAGACGACUUAUACCUCACUCAUGCUGUUACAUUAAAAACGCACCCAAGUUUAUGACAUGCACAAGUUAAUCUCUCCACACCGUUACUGAAAAAAGGAUUUGUGUUACUAGUUAGUAGUUUAUAGGUCAAAUGUGGGUGGGUUAACGUCCUAACAGACCUGGCUCCGACAUAAACUGCUAAUAAUUGAAGCUCACUGCAUCAUAGCUGUGCUUUUGACCAACAAACUUCCACACUUUGAGGAGCAGUGGAGUAAUAUACCCAGGUCUGUGAUGUUGGGGAGUUAAUCUGCUUGCUGCAGUAACGCAGGUUGGACUUAUUACUGUGUGAAACCUUUAUUUAUUAUUUAGAUGCAUGUAGAGUAGCACACAAGAAGACAUAAAAAAAAAAAAAACUCCAACUAACAUCCCUGCAGCAUUUAUGUCAGAGAAGGAAAGCGACCAGAUUCCUGGCUGUGCUUGGUUUCCUUUCUAUCUACAAAAACGGGGAAUUUGGAUCAAGGAGCGAUGCCUCGUCUGAUUGGUGAAUGUGCUGCUUCUGCUAAGCCAAUAAUAUGCCUGAGUUGAAGUAGUGGUGAAGUUGCUAGUGGGUGCUGAGGUUAGUUCUCCACGUCAAUGUUGUGGAUUUCAGAUCGCAGGUAUGGGUUGAUGACAUUAAUCGUGUAUUGUAUGUGUGCUGGUUUGUGAAAGUUGUGGAAGCAAGAACGUGUGUGUGUGUGGGGGGGGGGGGGGGGGGGGGUCGUUGCGUUUCUGCACACACACAGGUUUACUGAUUUAUUAUUUAAGAACUAAGAGAGCCAUUUUUUAAGAGCCAUGUGUCAAUAAAUGCCAUUUUAGCCUUUGUAAGCAUCACUUAGAAAUGUUUCUGCUAUUUUCAAGGUGACCACUGUAACAUUUCAAAAUGCAACACUUCCAUGCAGCAGUUUGUAAUAGUUUACUUCAUAUGUUUAACAAAAAACAGCAAUUUUGUGGCAAUAAGCCUCCUGUGGGGGGAAAGCUGAUUUCAAUAUCCAGGACUGCUUGUUUAUAACUAUUAAAGGUCAGCAGUUGUUUGAGGGUCAUUCAUUGCAAUAAAAUGUGGAAAAAGGACCUUUUCAAUGCAGAGUGGAAAUGCGUGAGUGUGUAAAAUAAUGAAUGUUUGCCAUACAGUGGAAAUGUAUCUAAUAGAAAGUCUUUAACGUUUUCUCACCCUGUAAGCAGAUGUUUCCUAAUUCCUUCCUUAUUGUCGGGCGCACUUUGAGAGCUGCAUUUAUUUCAGCUACUGUUUGUUUUUCUGUGUUUUUUUUUUUUUCUUUCAGCUUUGGACUUCUGUUUUAGUCAAAAUCAACACCAGUUUGUUGAGUAGCCGGCAGAUUAUCUCAAUGCUUUUCAUUUACAUCACAUUCAUAAAAUGAGGGCUAUAUGACCGUUUGUCUGGAUUAUUCAGCAGGAUUUCUGUCUCCCUACUUUCCUUGCAUAUCGUGUCUGCAUCUUCAUGUGAGAAACUAGAAAUACAAAAAUACAUUUUUGGACGAACAAGGAAAUGUCGCCUUUAUGUUUUGAAGUCAAUAAACUUGAAUUAUGAUGGAAACACC